GGUGAUCUAAGGGAGCGUCAGACUUUCAGAGAGCCAGAAAGCAGUUAGUUUACCUAAGAUCUUGAAAAGCGCACCCAGCAUUUUGCUCAACAUGAGAGCUGCAUCCUACUCUCAAAAGAGCCUGCAAGUCAGCAGCUCUGCCAGCAGAAUGAGAGUUCAGAGCCCAUCCCCGUCCCGGUGCCGUGGAUCCUCGUUUGACAGCCGGGGACGCUCCGGAUUUCGUGGAACAGCCAUUGAGUUGGGCACAGAGAUACACCAGCAACAUGCCAAUGAGAAAGAGGAGAUGCAGGAGCUCAAUGUCAAGUUUGCUGGAUACAUCACAAAGGUCCAGGCACUGGAGCAGAGGAAUGCCUCCCUCCAGGCGGAGCUGGCGACACUGCAGGGUCGUUACAAGGGAAGCCCCACUGGCAUUGGAGAAGAAUAUGAACUUAAAUUCAAGGAAUUGCGAGAGCUCAUCGAGACCCUGACCAACGAGAAGGGAGCAGCUGAUAUUGAACGGGGCUACCUCGAAGAAGAGGUUGAAAUCUGGAGACUAAAACUGGAGGAGGAACUGGCACUGAAAGAGGAAGCAGAAAUGAUUUUGAGGGAGUUUCGGCAGGAUGUUGACAACGCUACACUACAGAAGGCCGAGCUUGAAAAGCGUAUAGAGCAGCUGGUGGCUGAGAUCGAGUUUCUUAAGAAGCUACAUGAUGAAGAGGUGGCUGAUCUCAUGAAGCAGAUCGAGGAAGCAAAGAUCACUUCAGAGAUGGAUGGUGAUCGUCCUGAUUUGGCGGCUUACCUGCGAAACAUGCGCGCAGAGAUAGAGGCUGUGGCUGCUCGCAAUGUCCAAGAAGCUGAAAAGUGGUACAAGAGCAAAUUCGACACUCUUAAAGAACAUGCAGGUAAACAUGAGGAGAAGAUGAAGACAAUGAAGGAUGAGAUCACAACCUUCCAUAACCAGGUGACAGACCUUCAGAACCAGAUUGACAGCCUUAGGGCUCGCAACGCCGCCCUUGAGCAGCAGUUGGAGGAAAUGGAAAUCUCCCAUAUGGAGAAGGUGGGAGGUUUAGAGAGCAUCAUUGCUCAACUUGAGGUCCAGCUCUGUGAAACCAAACUGGAGAUGAGCAAGUAUCUUCAAGAUUACCAGGAACUGCUGCACAUUAAGCUGAAGCUGGAUGCUGAGAUUGCGACCUAUAGGAAGCUGCUGGAAGGAGAAGAACAGAGGCUUGGAAUUGGCAAAGAUGCCUAAAGAUCCAGAACGAGAGCAGAUGCAGAUCUAAAGAAAUGGCAAAGAAGACCCCCAGAUCAUCACGGAACAGAGAAUUCCCCUCAAUCAGUCUACAAAACUGUUUUCCUUCACCUUUUAACCAACCGUUUUUUCUUGAAUUUUGCUGAAUGCUACAAAGAGUUAUAAGACUUAGAGUUGAGCAAAUAAGGAAAGUACAUGGACAGGCAUUCCCUGGACAAAUGCGGCCCUCUUCACAAGUUCUGAAUCUGAAUGUUCUGGCUUUGAUCAAAUAUUUUUAGAACUGCUAUUUAUUCUUCAGUGGUUUUAAGUUUCUAAACUUAAAAAAGUAAUUUGCCUCUGAAUAUGUAUUGGUGCUACAGUACACUGCCCACCUUAAUUGUUGUCAUUGACCCAAAUUUACUGGCUCGCCACACCCCAAAGCCCACCCCCCCACUUUUCUGUGUCCUGUGUUCACUCCAGCUUCUUUUUCCUGCAGUUCUCCUCCAGUCAGGCUUCUUUUCAUCCUGUCCUUCUGUCACUUCUCUGUUCUUUGUCACCUUUUAACGUUCCACUCCCUCUUGUUCAGUCAUGAUCGAUACAAAGCAAAGCUCAGUCUGUAACCUUAGUGUUAUAACCGGUAUUUACAAUAGCGCCAACUCCAAUGUAGUGACAACCUGUUGACCUCAUACAUUAAUGUUGACCAACAGUUGCUUAAUAAAGAUUUAAGUGAGUGCAUGCAAAAUGA